GGUUGUGUUGUGGAAAGAGCGAGGGUUCACAGAUUCCCUUCGUUUCAGCCAGACGAUUUCAUUUUCAAGAAUGAAUCAGAGGCCAACAACAAUGAGAACGCAGCAGGUAAUGCAAGCUCUUCAGCAUCCAACAAGUAUGGCUCUAAGGAAGAAAAAGAGAUAGCUGAGACUAACGUUUGUUUAGACUUGAAUCUUUCUCUGUCGUUGACAAGCGGAAAAAAAUGCUCCUCAAUACGUUAGUAAGUAGUAGCUAUGUUUGUAAGCGUCCUGCACCCCCAAGCAUAUCAAUCACUCUAGAUUAACAGAUCUUAAGCCUUUCCUAUACCAUCCCCUGGUGUAGCUACAUGCUGUGAGAGUUUCAACGAGGGCCGGGUGGUUUCAACGAGACAUGAAUAUGAUUUGAAGGAUAGCUGUCAAAGAUACUGCUCGAGUUUUUGUAAUAUUGCAGAACAAAGCAAUACUACGAAACAAAAUUUGAUGAACACGGAAAGAUCAUACACGCAUAAGAUAAAAUAUAGUAGCUCGAAUUUUUUUAAGAGUAAUCGAGAGAAACUAUGCGUUUAUUUUAGGGGUGUAACGUUAUUAGUUCUAAUUGUUUUUUAAAAAAAAUCUCUUUUUUUUUGUUGAAGCUAGGGAUCGAUGUUAAGUCCCGUAAAACCGAACUAACUAAAACUGAACCAAGCCGGAAUAGAAAAAAUGGUUUGGAUUUGGUAAUAUCAGAUAAAACGAAUAGAGGUUAUUUUCAAAAAAUCACAGUAUAUGGAUAUGGUUCGAUCUAUAAACCGGUACUAUAAACUGAAGAAACCGGUUAAUUAAAAUGCAUUAGUAUGCUUAUAUGUAAAUUUUAUAAUAAAAUGAAUAGUAUAUACAUAAUUUAUUAAUUUAUAUGAUAAUCAUAUUUAAGAAACUGGUGUUAGUAAAAAAAUUAUUCUAAGUUAAAAAAUUAUUUCGUUUUUCUCAUUUUCACCAAAUUAAAUAAAAUAAUUUUUAUUCUUAUUGGUAAAUAACUUUUGGUGUAGAAAAAAGUUUUUUCACCUCUUUGCCGGGAACUCAAGCUUUAUAAAUAGUCAUUUCCAGCAUGAAUCAAACUCUGGUGGCGGAAGUUACAGCCGCAACCCAUUUACCAUUAGAGCUGACUCGCUAUUUAUACUACAAUAUAGUCAUUUUAUAAUAUCAUGAUAUUAUUAUUUUUUAUUUUUAUUUUUGUAGUUAAAUAAAACAGAAAAUAUUAUAUUUAAAAAUUAGAGUACUAAAUAUAUGUUAAGUUUUAAUAAAUCUGACUUCUAAUUAUAUAAGCUAAAAUUUGCUAUAAACGGUAAAUAUAGUUAUAGUUUUUGGUAUAAAAUAAAUAAACAGAAAGUUGAUAGUAUAUAAGCCGAAUCAAGCUAAAGUAAAUAUUAUAUUAAUAUGCUAGUUAAAUUUUAUAAACUGAAAUACCAGAAAAAAAA